UCCUGUCUCUCUUCACACAUUCAGCUGUUAUCUCAUGUUGCCUCUGUGUCUCUGCAGACAGACUUUAGGUGACUCUGUCUCUGCAGACAGACUUUAGGUGCCUCUGUGUUCACUGUUCUGCUAGUUGUAUCCUCUUUAACUCGACAUGGAGCCUCUGGACUUCGAAGCGAUGAACUACACGGUGGAAGCGGCGGCUCCGGUGUACCCGCGAUGCGUCUCGUGGAGAACCGCGUCUGAGGGCUCCGUGUUCCACCUCGCUCACAUCCUCCUCUUCCUCGGCUUCAUGGGCGGCAGCGGCUUCUACGGACUCCUCUACCUCUUCUCCUUCCUCUCUCUGGGCUUCUUCUGCCUCACUCUGUGGGCCUGGACGGACUCCUGCACCACGGACUCCUUCCUGUGGAGCUUCGCGCUGUUCGCGGUGAGUUUGGGUCAGGUCCUGCACGUCUCCUACCGGCUGAGGAGCGUCUCCUUCGGGCGCGACUUCCAGGAGCUGCACGGCUGCAUGUUCAAGAGGCUCGGGGUGUCGCUCACUCACUUCGGGAGGAUCGUGAACUGCUGUGACGGAGACGUGCACGUCUUAGAGAAGGACCACUGCUUCGCCAUGGAGGGGAAAACAGCCAUAGACAAGCUGUCGGUGCUGCUGUCCGGCAGAAUCCGUGUGACAGUCAAUGGAGAGUUUCUGCAUUACAUCUACCCUUUCCAGUUUCUGGAUUCACCUGAGUGGGACUCUCUCAGACCAUCAGAGGAGGGUGUAUUCCAGGUGACCCUGCGUGCCGAUAACCCCUGCCGAUACGUGGCGUGGAGGAGGAAGAAGCUCUAUCUCCUUUUUGCUAAGCAUCGCUACAUAGCCAAGAUCUUUGCCCUGGUUGUGCGCAAUGACAUUGCAGAGAAGCUGUACUCCCUCAACGACAAGGCUUUCGACAAGUCCGGGCACCGCUAUGAUCUCCGCUUACCAAGUUUCUGUCACAUGGGGCCCGAAUCAGAUGUCUUCCUGCAAGUGCCUGUGCAGGGUGCAAGGACUGCCUGAACACACACACAUGCACACAUACUGCUCCAAGCCGUAAACACGUAACGGACUCCUUGCAUGUAGUCAGUGUCGGUUAAAGUGUGACAUUAUCUGCACAUUGUAGGGUAAGUGAUAUUCAAGUGAUGUUAUUUUAAAUCUGCUCACAUUAUCAUCAGAUCUCAAUAUGCAUAUUAGGAAACAUGGUGUGUCAAGUCAAGCGGAUCCUCUCAAGGGACUGCUACGACGUGUAAGACCGCUGAGGCCGGAGGCCUGGACUACGAAGCAGGAUCAGGGGUUAGCGAGGUAACUUCAGGGUUUAACCCUUCAGGGUUUUCCAUCCUACGAUGAUGGUUCACUUCUUACCGGGGUAGAUCGCCAUGGUAACCGAUGCUGAACACCUAUCCUGC